CGUCUGUUCAGUGUCGCAGGCAGGUUGUGUGGACCGGCCGUAGCAACGAGUAGCGGGAGGACAAGCCAGUGACAACAGCAGGGAGAAAGGAGAGACAGUGUUGAAGGAUGUGCUGCAGAGUUGGCAAAGUCUGCUUCUGCAUCGAUCUGCGCAAGGGCGUGGCAACGAUUUCCUGGGUCUGGCUGCUUGGGGACGCCAUCUUGCUGAUCGUGACGUCGAUCCUGACGAGACAAGCUUGGGAAGCAAUGAUACGCAACAGUUGGAGGAACGAAAUAGAAAGAGAGGAGAGAGAUAAGAAAGCCAUCAUCUUAGCAGCUUGGUUCUGGUUGGCGGCGGUGGGCAUUGCGCUGUCAGGCUUGGGUGUUCUCCUCGACUUCAUGCUGGUGAAAGGAGCCACUGACGUUAAGUCUCCGCCGCGGAAACGGCGCAACUUGCUUCAAGGCUGGAUGGCGGCCUACGCCGUGGUGUACGCGCUCGGGGUGGUGACCGCCGCCUUGAGCGUCCCCGUCUUGUUCCUCCUCCGCGCUACCCCACACCACGCCUUCGCCACGGCCGCCGGCAUCCUACUGCACGCAGGGCUGAUGGUGUACUUCUGGCUGAUGGUGCACAGCUACAGCCUGGAGCUGGCCUGUGGAGCUCGCCCCGCGGAAGGGAACGGCUACUGCACGGUGCCUGCAGGGGUCGCCACCCUUACCCAGGGGACCUGCUGCGACGCGGAUGGCAUGGCUCUGACGCCGACGGCACCACCAUGCUACACCAGCGUCGCAUAAGGAUCACCGUGUCAGCCGUGUAAGGGGACCACGUCUCCAGGCAGCUUCAGCUGAUCGCAGCCUUGAACGGACCUCAUCGCUGAACUGUCACCGUGACAGUCGCUGGAGGCUCGGCCUGGACCGCUUGACGAUGCAGUGUUGUCAUCAUCCACGAAAAGACUGUCAAACAUAUCGCCUUAAACGCAUUUUCACAGUGGGUGUAGUAGCAUCAUGAAAUGUCUUGAAGACACUCUACACUUGUUUGAUCUUUCUAAAACGAGUAUUCUACAUUACUUUGAAGGUACAGGUCCAGAAAUGCACAUAGUAAGUAUGUAUCAAUCCAAUAUCGGCAUAAGGAGACACAAACAUCAAGGACCUUCACGAUAGUCAUAGCAUGGUUGAAAUUUAAUCAUGUCCGCCCCCUGGUAGCUGAGUGGUUAACCGGCACGGUAGCUCAGCGUGUUCGGUCAGAGGGUUUAGCUAUCCUCUGUAAUAAUAAUAAUAAAAAAAAAAAAUAAAAAAAAAAGAAGUGAGUGAACGGAUGAACGAGCAACCUGAACGGGUGCCAUCGCACGUCCGCCACGAACAAAUUCAACGAACAGUAUAGAACAAAAUGAGAUUAUAUAUAUAUAUAUAUAUAUAUACAUAUAAAACGGUCAGCGCGACAGACUACAUAUAUGGUGGUCAGCGCGACAGACUGUCAAUGCUAAGGGCCCGGGUUCGACUCCCAACUGGGUGGAGAUUUUUUCUGCUCAGGGACCGGGUGUUAUGUUGUCCUAAUCCUCAUCAUUUCAUCCCCAUCGAAGCGCAAGUCACUGAAGUGGCGUCAAAUCGAAAGACCUGCACCCGGCGAACGGU